AAUGCGACCACACCUUAGACCCUCAUGCAUCGAUGAGUAGCCGUCGUUCCUCCCAUUCCACUCGAACGCGUACCUCGUCCAUUGCACGACCACCAUCCUGGAGGACACUCUCUUUAAGCAAAGGAACAGCAGCAGCUAGAGUCAGCUUGAUACACGCCGAGCCGGAACGGGGGCACGGAGCCUUUGGUUCAGCUAUUGACGGCCUACCGUCUUCUCCAAAAAGAAACGCAAGACUGUCUAGAGAUAUCGGGGCAGACGUUGCUGGCCCCAGCGGACUGAGCUACGAACAGAAGAACUCGCUGAGUACGCCACAGGAAAGCAAUACAGAGGAGAUGAAAGCGACAGUGCCUACGAACUCUGUUACAUCAAUACCAAGCACGAGUACGACGGUCACGCCGCCAAUAGUGUCAGGGAAUGACCAGACGCCGCCUCCAGCUGUAUCGGUAGAGAAAGAUACCCCAACAUCGACACCGGGUACGAAUCCAGAUGCUCGACUAGAAGACACGCCGGAACCGCAUGCCCGGAACGACGAUACGCCUCCUGAGGUAAUAACUACGGUUCCGGCACCUGCGCAGUCCGUCGGUACUAUCCCAUUCCCAACUAAACCUUCCUCUCCACCUCGAACUUCCUGGUUUGGUUCCUUGGGACGCUCCCGGGGACGAGAAAAAGCGAAAGAAAGUCGGGUUUUUGUGGAGAGCAGCUUACGGGAGGCGAGCUCGGGAAUCGAUGAGGAUACUGUUAUGCGUGAUUCGAGCCAUGAGGAGCCGCAAAAUUGUGAUGUGAAGGAUGCGCUAGAGCCUCCGAAGACUGGAGAAGAUAAGCCUCAGCCACUGACUGUACCAGAGGUGGAACCAUCAACGGUCACGACACCUUCUCUGCCUCAGCCAACGCCAUCACAGCCGGUCGAUACACCUACCACUUCGCGUCGAUCGUGGUUUGGUGCGCCUGAUGUUCCUGCAUUGUCUACUUCGCCUCUACGCAGCCCUGAAAGUACCCCCAAGAGGCCUAGAGUGGAGAGCGUCAGCGAUGGUAAACGCGCUCGACUCGAUUCACUAAAUCCCUCAAGUAGCAGAUUUACCAUCAGUAUUCCUCUCCUGGGAAGGCCAAAAGUACCUUUAGAGGAAGCAAUGGCUAGCGCUCCCGCAGUCAUGGAUUCCCAUCCACAGAGCGACGAGUCAAAUGGAACAGAUACCGAAAGUACGAUCACUGCUGACACUGAUAUUACCAUGACCGCGACUACUCCAGAAACUACGAUAGCCACAAAUGAGGAGUCACCGGAGAAAGCGCCCAUGGUCGAGAUAGUCAAGGAGGAGAUUGUGGUCAAGGCUAGCGGAACGGAAGAAGUAGGGAACCGAACGUCUUGGUGGGAUUAUGUUGGAUGGGGUGGGAGUGUGCGUUCAACAGCUGUACCCGUACAGACAGAAGAAGCGUCGUCGACUGUAGACACCGUUCCUGCGGAGGAAACUCCGCCAGUACCCACGACCGACACUUCACCUGUCGUUGAAGCACCGAUGCCGCAAGAUACAACACCGAUAGAAGAGUCUGUGACAGAAGAAGCUCGUAAACUCAAGCCCUCUUCGUCCUCUCUCUUUUCGUCAGAUACUCGGGCAUCGUGGUACACGCCAUGGGCGUGGUAUUACUAUUCUACUACAACCGAAUCUGCAUCUACGGGCAUGACACCCAGUGAGAUGGUUAAAGAGGAAGCUCUGGCAAGAGAUAGUGUGGAGUCCACGGAGGUAGUUAUGACAGAUGCUGAUGAUGGCAAGAAAGAAAUCCGAGAGGAAGAGGUUAAUCCUAUAACUUCCACAAUCACCACAAAUCGCUCAGGAUGGGCAGCCUUUUUUCUCCUCUGCUGCCGGAUAGAAGACGUCAAGCCGAGUGGAGAGAUGGAGGUUAUGGAUAUUGAUGAAGAUGAUUCUCCUAGUAACUCCGAGGCGAAGCAAGAGGACGUGCAGAAAUCGGGUCUGGCUGAUAAAUCCAAUGUAGGAUCACCACCAUCUUCUCCGACGCGGACAAAGGGCAAGGAUGGGGAGUCCAAGCGGGAGAUUCCACAACUCAUUAUCUCGGAGGAUGUCAAGUCCAAGGCGGCGAAACGCAAGUCAUCUGGCUCGCGCCCUCCUUCUGUGUCGUCAUCCAAGCCUCCUUCGACGAAGUCUGGUGCCAGUACCCCACCCACGGCGUCUAAGAAGACAUCCGGCGCAACGACUCCGCCCAAGAAGCCUGUCGCACCACGUACGCCGCCUCCACCGAAUUUGGUACUGCCUUCGUGGCGAGACACCUUCCAUUCGGCACCUCGUAAUGUCAUUCCUGUUUCCCCGCAAUCAUCAAGUAGGCUUGGGGGUAGCACCGAUGGAGGAAAAGGGAAGGAAAGGGAUACAGGUGCAGAUGUGGGUAUUGGCUUGCCGAGAGCUUGGGAUGUCCUUCAGGGGCAGACGUCACCUUCAGACGCUGGUAUGGGAGAUGUGCUGAGAGGUUGUAAACGCGUUGUUGUCAUUGGCAUUCAUGGAUGGUUUCCCGGUGCUAUCAUGCGAACUGUCCUUGGGGAGCCCACAGGUACUUCUCCCAAGUUUGUUUCGAUGACCCUUCAAGCACUCGACGAGUUUCAAGCUCGGCAUGACGUGAAGCUUGAGAAGGUGACAGGAAUUCCGUUGGAAGGGGAGGGAACGAUCGGUGGUAGAGUUGACAAAUUAUACACUUCGCUGACGAGCAACGCAGAAUGGAUGAAUGACCUGCACGAAUGCGAUGCCCUCAUAGUUUCUACGCAUUCUCAGGGCUCCGUGGUAUCAACUCACUUGUUGGAUCGUCUGUUAAGAGAGGGGCAUCUUGUCGCUUCGUUCACGCCCGGCGAGCAGGAACCGUUGUCUCCCGGCGUCGAGCCGGGUCUUGUGGCAGGCAGGAAGAAGCAAAGAAUUUGCUGCCUUGCUCUUUGUGGUAUCCAUUUGGGACCCCUGCGCUACCUUAGUACUAGCUCUCUCUUCCAGCCAUACUUCCAGUAUUUCGAGAGCGAGGCGGCACGGGAAUUAUUUGAGUUCCAGGUAUGGUGUAGCGCAUUUAUGAUUGUGUAUACUAAAGUGGUUUACAUCGCUUCACUGAACGACCAAGUUGUCCCUCUGUACUCAGGCUUGUUCACAAACGUCAAACAUCCGCUGAUCUUGAGAGCAGUCUACAUUGAUGGUGAUGCGUAUCACUCAUCGGAUUUUCUGUCGAAUCUUCUCGUUUUACUCCUUCGGAUCCUGAAUACCGGUUUAUCUGAUUCGGGACUGAUUGCUCACUUGUCAGAAGCUACAGCAGGCUCUCUAAAUGGCGUAGGCCUUGCCGUAAACUAUCUCUUCCUGGCUGAUGACGGUACCGAUACCAACCAAGUUGAGCUGAAACUGGACGACUUCAAUGCAGCAACAGAGCAGAAUGAUUAUGAGAUCCCAUGGUCCCUCAGAGAUCUUAUUGCAGAUCCCUCUGUCCAACGAUUGUUCGAGGGAGAGUUUCUGAGUCUGAGAGAUGCAUUCAAGGAGUGGCACCCCAAGACGACAAUUUUGAGGGACGUCAAGAGGAAGUUGGCUCCAAUUACGAGGAUGAAGGGAAGUAUUAAACUCUGAAGGUUGUACACAUGAUUUUUUUUUCGCAUCGGGGAUGGUUCAAGUGGGAGUCAUUGUAUAAACAGGUCAUAUUAUCGCAUGCAAACGCAUACUAUUUAUGUACGUAUAGAAGAAGUUUAUAUAUACAGGAUUCUAAUUAUCAGUUUGGAAUCUGGGUUUCGUCAUUCCUUACAA